GAGAGAGAGAGAGAGGGGGGACAACAUUGCCCGUUGCUAACAGACCGAACAACAUGUCCGCCUUUCUCUCUCUCAAACCCUAGCCCUAAUAAAUUCUCACCCUCUCAAACCCCAACCCUAAUAAAUUCUCCCAAUUUCUCACCUUAAAACCCACGUUCUACUGCAAAUGGCUGUCAUCAACUACUCACUUUCCAUCACUUUCCAGUAUUUUCUCGCCCUCUCUUUCCUCCUUUCAAUCUGCUCCUUGGCUCCGGCAUCCUCCGUCUCCGUCCACGAUGCCCUCCGCCACAAUGGCCUCCCCAUCGGGCUGCUCCCCACCAAUGUCCUCAAUUUCUCCCUUGACGCCACCUCCGGUCGGUUCGAGCUUCUCCUCCGCUGCGCUUGCAAUGCCAAGUUCGAGAACCAGCUCCACUACGACUACAACGUCACCGGCACUCUCUCCUACGGCCAGAUCGGGGGCAUGUCCGGCGUGUCGGCGCAGGAGUUGUUUUUGUGGUUUCCAGUGAAGGGGAUUCGAGUUGAUAUUCCGAGUUCGGGGUUGAUUUAUUUUGACGUUGGCGUAAUUUACAAGCAAUUUUCUCUUUCUCUGUUUGAGUCUCCGCCAGAUUGCACUGAGGUCACGGAUUCGCCGCCCCAGCUCGUGUUCAGAGACGGCAGAAUUGUGAAUUCGGAGCUUUCUCAGAGUCGACCCGGAAAGCUUGGAUAUGAAGCCAAACCAGGAAAUGCAUUGAGGGCUGUUUCAUAGACUAUGAGGCUGAGAUGUUCAAGGUUCAAGAUCUUCCGCCUUAGAUACCAUCAGAGAGUCUGGUCUGGCUGGUCUUAUGCUUCGACUGUGUGUGCUUGAUUGCUUUAUGUACAGACUUUUCAACCAGGUGCUUCGUGUUUGCUGGGAAAAGUAGAACAAUUUUGAGACAGAGGAGAAGAGGAAAAGAAAAGAAGAAAAAAAAAAAAGGGAAAAUGGCCAUGGGAUGUGGGUUUGAGGUCGGUGUUUUUGGCUAAUAAAUCUGUCAGAAAUUUGUGUUAUUUGUUGUCACCAUAUCGCCAUACAUAUAUAGAUAUAUGAUUGCUGUAUUGAGCUUCUGUAAAUGGAGGAACCUGUUUGUAUCUCUGUAUUGUUGUAAUAAGUUUGAGAUGAAUAUAUGGUUUUUGCAAUUGCCGGA